ACGCGAAUAAUUGAAUUAAAACUCGUAUAAAAAUCGGCAAUUCGGUGUUAAAGUGCAAGUUGAAGACCCAAGAACUCCGGGAUACGUGGAGAUUGGAAUUGGAAUCGACGAAACAAGUGAAAAUUUCUGCAUCGAAAAGUUGUGUGAGAAAAUCAAUAAGCAAAGAACAACAAAUAUAUAAUAAAUGCACGAAGAAAAGGGAAUAUUUGGGUGUUGAAGACGCAAACAAAGAUCAAUAGCAAGUGAAAAGAGUGAAUUGAUUGAAUACAAAAGACAGCAUCCAAGUGGAGAUAAUUAAUUGUUUGUCGCUUCGAGGGAAAGGACAGGAAAGCAAGCAGAACAUUUCUAUUCCAGUUAUAACAUAUUAGCAAAGUUGUUUCCGCUAAAAUGUGGAUAAUACUACGUUAGCAUUUUUACUAUGGGAACAGAGGCAUGGGCGUGCGUGCGGACCCUGGGUCGUCCUGGUGGUAUCAGGCAAUAAGCCGUGUACAAUACUUUACCACAAACACUCUCAUUUUUAUACUAUCAACAAUAGUGUUGUCCAUCAAUAGUGAUACAGCACCAAAUACAAAUAAUCCAGAUUUUAUUCCUGCACCAGAUGCAAUACAUACAACAGCAAUAUUGGGAGAAAGUGUUAUAUUCAACUGUCAUGUCGAAUUUCCCGGAGAUCAUCCUGUCCCCUAUGUCUUACAGUGGGAGAAGAAGGUGAGCGAAACGGGUCAAGAGAUCCCCAUUUACAUUUGGUAUGAGAGUUAUCCGACACACAGCGGGGAGGGAUAUGAAGGACGAGUUAGUCGCGUGUCGCCAGAUUCUCCAUUUGGCGCCGCCUCGCUCAACUUAACAAAUAUACGUGAAUCGGACCAAGGAUGGUACGAAUGUAAAGUAGUUUUUUUAAAUAGAUCACCAAACCAACACAAAAACGGAACAUGGUUCCACUUAGACGUUCACGCUCCGCCACGUUUUAGCGUUACACCCGAAGAUAUUAUUUAUGUUAAUUUAGGAGACUCAAUUAUAUUAAAUUGCCAAGCUGAAGGCACACCUACUCCCGAAAUUCUCUGGUACAAGGAUGCAAAUCCCGUGGAUCCAUCGUCAACUGUGGGUAUUUUCAACGAUGGCACAGAAUUAAGAAUUUCCACGAUUCGAGAUGAAGACAUUGGUGAUUACACUUGUAUCGCGCGGAAUGGCGAAGGACAAGUAUCGCAUACAGCACGUGUGAUUAUCGCUGGCGGAGCUAAUAUUGUAGUCCCGCCAACGAACCAGACGAAACUCGAGGGCGAAAAGGCUCAAUUUACGUGCGAGGCAAAAGCUAUGCCCGGCAAUGUCACAGUGCGAUGGUUCCGUGAGGGAACGGUCAUUAACAAGGUGUCUGGACUGGAAUCACGUAUCACAAUUCGCAAAGAUGGCUCGCUGAUUAUUAAUCCAGUGAGUGCGGACGAUACGGGAAUGUAUACUUGCGAGGUAACUAAUGGCAUUGGAGAUCCACAAAGUGCAGGAGCAUAUUUGAAUGUGGAAUAUCCUGCAAAAGUGACCUUCAAUCCAACAGUUCAGUAUUUGCCGUUCCGUUUAGCGGGUGUAGUUCAGUGUUUCAUCAAGUCGAAUCCAGCGUUGCAAUAUGUUACGUGGACCAAAGAUAAGCGUCUUCUGGAGCCGUAUCAAUCGAAGGAUGUUGUCGUCAUGAACAAUGGCUCGCUGUUAUUCACGCGUGUCACAGAGGAUCAUCAGGGCAGGUACACCUGUACGCCAUAUAAUGCCCAAGGAACGAAAGGAAGUUCCGAGGAAAUGGAUGUCCUUGUGCGCGAGCCGCCAACAUUCACGGUCGAGCCACAGCCGUUGUAUCAACGCAAAAUCGACGAAACUGUGGAGAUGGCGUGUCAGGUGAAGGGCGCCGAAGGUACCACUAAACCAACUAUCAAAUGGCAGCGAAGUGACGGGGUGCCGCUGCAAAAAAAUCGUGCCAAAAUUUCGGGGGGUAAUUUAACGAUAACCGGACUAAAACGGUCCGACUUUGGGUAUUAUCAGUGCGUGGCAUCCAAUGAGGUAGCAACGAUAAUGUCAUCUACACAACUAGUUAUAGAAGGAACACAGCCACAUGCACCUUACAACGUGACAGUUAAGGCCACUGAAUUUUCCGUUUCGAUUUCGUGGAUGCCCGGUUAUAGUGGCGGGCCAGAUUACAAGCAGGACUACGUCAUUUGGUACAGAGAAGGCGGUGCCACUGAAUGGAAUACCAUUCCCGUAACACCUUCCGGCAGCACGCAAGUUUCCAUAAACGGACUUAGACCAGGUAUUUUGUACGAAUUUAAAGUAGUCGGCAAGAACACUCUAGGGGACGGAAUGAUGAGCAAACCGGUGACGAUUAGAACUCUGGAUAUUGGAGGUAAAAAUAUUAGUAAAGGUAACAACAAAGAGAAAGACAAACAAACUACAAAUGAACCCAAACCACCCCAACCACCUCAAUCAGCAACACAAACGACUACUGAAUCUAAUGUUUUUAAAACGAUGCCGGAUGAGGCUGGUCCCAAGCCAGGACAACCUCGAAAUUUGACAGUCACAGAGAUAGCCAAUGGUUUCCUAUUAACUUGGCAAACGCCACUGGAUCGUCCGCAUUUGGUGCAAUACUACACGAUCAAGUAUCGUACCGAUGCCCAAUGGAAGACCUUGAACCGCGGUCAGAUACGACCUGAAGAGACAUCGUAUCUCGUUAAAAAUUUAGUAGGAGGACGCACAUAUUAUUUCCGUAUUUUAGCGAAUUCGGCAAAGAGUUUCGAGUCAAGUGACGAAGUAAAAUUCCCGGUACCAGCACGCGUGAAGCACAAGGCAAUUACGGCCGGUGUCGUUGGCGGCAUUUUAUUUUUCAUAGUGGCCAUAAUCUUGUCUGUGUGUGCAGUGAAAAUAUGUAAUAAGCGUAAACGGCGAAAACAGGAAAAAGAACUCAACAUGGUAGCAUGUAGAACAACCGAUAUGCGAAACUCAGCUGCGUCACUAGGUGUAGGAUUAGGUCCAGUGCCUGUGAAAACAGAUAAAGAACAAACCAGAAUACCAGGUCUAAAAUAUUUAAUAUCAAUUUAUAAUGCAAUCCGUACAUCAGAAAUUUGCUACAAUUUUUUAUUCAUCAAAAGUCAUGGCGAUAAUAGUAUCAAUUUAGGAAGUGAUGUUUAUCGAAUGUCGUCUAACAAGCGAAACAGUUUCUUGUCUGAUUACAGCAGUAGCGAUGACGGUGGUUUUCUACCCAGAAAACGUCGUCCGAUAGUUAGUUGUCCCAGCCAACUAAGUUUCCAAUCGAUCGACUCCAAUCAAAGUAACUAUUCGCGUCUUCUCAAACGCUUCAACUUGCACCAUUUACAUCAAAUGGCACAACAUGCGGUAGAUUUGCAUCGUCCUACCGUGAGUCAGGCCAUUCAGACACUUUAUCGCAACGUCAACGAUCCCCUCGGACAUGCCACCUAUGUAAAUACUCCCCUUCGAGGUCCUACCAAAAUUUUGUCUUCUUCUCCGGCAUCGCAUUUGGCUGCCAUGUCACCGCCAUACUUUAGUGAUCUCAGUUCCGUCAAUCCUUCGAGUGCGGAUCACUCGCACCAACAAGCGACGCCGAAUAAUCGUUCCUUCCAGGACAGAUAUUUCCAUACACUGCCACGUCUGCAUGCGAUAUCCGAGGAAAAUAAUCGUUUCAUUCCCGUUCAAAUUCCCACUCCAGCUUCCGUUGAGGGUAACUUUUAUCAAAACAUUCAUAAUUUCCCGCUGCGAUCAAUGUAUGACUUCCGGUCGCGUCACAAUCCACUGAAUCGCAGUAAGCGAUCACUGCCAGAUACUUCAUUCCCAUUGCUCAAUAUUGCGCAUCAUUUCCUUGACAACUCGCCGUCUGAUUCGAGUGGCUUCGGUAGCAAAAACACCUCCUCGAACUUGAAUCAAAGCUCUCAUUCGAGUGGCAUGCGGUUUCUUCCGCCGUAUCGUCCACCUCCUGCACCUUCAACACUUCAACGACAUAUCCAAAGCCCGUCGCAGUCAGUAAGUCACUGGUUUGACCUCAUUGCGCGUCUUCGAGCAUCGUCCGAAAAAUCAAAUCGUACGAAAUCCUUCGACGUCGGUAGUGUGGAUGGCCAUUACGAGUUCGAUCCGAGCACACCAACACCUGAAAUUGGCACGCCAACUCUUCUCGAGCUACCAGACACCUUUUUCAUGCAUCAUCACGCACAAAGGAAACGCAAUGAAAAUAUCGAUGCACGUGUUCAAGCGAUGAAAGAAGAGUAUCAUGCAUGGCGCCAAAGUCAAUCGGGCAAAUCAGAUAACAAUGCGAGCAUGAGAAGCACGGAUACGUUACUUUUGAGCGAAGAUCCGAGCUUUGCGAAUAUCAAGCUAGAAACUGUUUGUUAGCAUUUGUUACAACGAACAUUCGAUAACGAAAAAAAAUCUCUGUAAAAAAGUUCGCGAAAAACAUAUACAUAUAUUGAAACAUUAAAAGUUAACGCAAUUUGAUUGUGAAACCCAGAAGAAAAAAAAAAUAAGAAAAAUUGAAACAUGAGUCUAAUCUUCACAAUUUUGUAUUAUUAUAAAAUAAAUCUGUAGCGACAAAAUGUAGCGAAACAUUUGAGAUUUUAAACAAAAAGUACGUUAUAAGUUAUUAUAUAU